AUAAGUGAGCGUUCUCGCACAAAGCAACCCUGAUAACAUUUAACAUAUCUUUACAUAAAAUAUGCUCAUAUGUAUACAUCUUAAAAUAAUUAUCUAAUAUAAACACGUACAUAUUGUAAAACAGAUACUGUGCAUUAUUUAUAUCAAAUGAAUUUCUUAGAUAUUACAAGUAUUAAAAAAUAUAACAUUUAUGCAGAGCUGUAUCUCAUGUGCUUUUGUUUUUGUAGCCGAAACAGUUCAGGAACUCCGGGUUUGCUUGCAACAAGCAAUCGACGCUAUGCGCUCCACAGAAACUCCGGUCACCGCGAUUGCCUCGGGAAGUGAAUUGUUCCUCCGUUUUAUCACAUUAGCGACACUAGAUACACCUUCCAUCGCAGAAUGCAAAGGAAUCAUGCUGGAAAGGGGCAAGGUGUUCUACGAGAAGUUAGUUGCAGCGCGAGGAAAGGUAGCCAAGGUGGCGGCGCACUUCAUUACUGACGGCUCGACUAUACUCACGCAUUCGAAAUCAAGAGUGGUGCUGCAAGCGAUGAAGGAAGCUGCUGCGAGUAAUAAAAUAUUCGAAGUGUACGUCACGUCAUCGUCACCUGACAAUAGCGGGGAAGAGAUGUGCCAGAGUUUAACGAAUUUGGGAAUAUCGUGUACGGUGAUACUGGACUCUACAGUAGGAUACGUGAUGGAGCACGUAGACAUGGUGAUGGUUGGAGCGGAGGGUGUUGCGGAAAGCGGUGGUGUAAUCAAUAAGAUAGGUACAUAUACAAUGGCUAUAUGCGCGAAAGAGGUGAAGAAACCAUUUUACGUAUUGACAGAAAGCUUCAAAUUUUCGAGAAUCUAUCCUUUGAAUCAAAUAGAUUUACCUAAUGAAUUUAAGUAUACGUACAGCGUACUUUUAACCAAGAAUUUAAAAAAGGAGCAUCCGUUGGUAGAUUAUACUCCGCCUCACUACAUCAGUCUGUUGUUCACGGACUUGGGAAUUCUAACACCAUCGGCCGUUAGUGACGAACUCAUUAAAUUGUACUUGUAAUUUCGAGAAUUUUGUUAAUGAAUUUUUUUUAAUUCCGCGAGUAUAAUAUAAAGUAGAUAAAUGUUUAAAAGUCAGUACAUGAAACUUUCGUCUGCCUGAAAAUGUAAAGACUUAUUGUAAAAUGAACCGUGGAGACGUCUGGUUGUAUACUUUUGUAAAAGAUCUAAUCUUUAUUAAUUUAUUAUACAGCAAUAUUGAGUAUUUAUGUAUAAUAUAGAAACAAAAUAAAUGUCUUUCAUAUAAUUGCACAUAAAAGAUAACAAGUAAUAAACUGUAUCUAUACGAGGAUUACAUUAUGUUACAACACGUUAAAA